CAGCCUAUCUUUUGACUUCAUUCCCAUCAUCUCUCUUUCUCUCUUUCUCUAUAUCUUGUUUUCUUAGUUAUAUAGAAACAUAUAAGGUUUGUUUAAGGGAGGAGUUGAGAAGGUGGAGGUGAGGAAAAAACAUGGGAAGGACACCAUGUUGUGAUAAGGCAAAUGUGAAGAAGGGACCAUGGUCUCCAGAGGAAGAUAACAAGCUCAAGGAGUUCAUUGAAAAGUAUGGCACUGGUGGCAAUUGGAUUGCUCUACCUCACAAAGCUGGAUUGAGAAGGUGCGGCAAGAGUUGCAGAUUGAGAUGGCUAAAUUAUCUCAGACCAAACAUUAAACAUGGUGAGUUCUCUCCUGAUGAAGACAUGAUCAUUUGCAACCUCUUUGCCAACAUUGGAAGCAGGUGGUCUGUGAUAGCAGCACAACUUCCAGGAAGAACAGACAAUGAUAUAAAGAAUUAUUGGAACACAAAGCUCAAGAAGAGAGUUCUUGGAAUCACUAGCACUACAACUACUUCUUCUUCAUCUCAUGAGAGAAUUAAUAAACCUCCCAUUCAAAUGUCUUCAUCUUCAUCUUCAUCUUUAAACACAUCAACAGUAUUUCAAACUGCAUCACUGCAACAGUACUACAAAAUGGAAGACAUUAAUGGAAGUGUCCUCAUGUUUGGAAGUGAUUACAACCAAAAUGUAGAUCUUGGGAACUAUAUCUUUGGUGGAGUACUUCCAUAUGAUCAUCAUAAUGUUUAUGAGGAUGAGUUUUCACAGCUGUUCACCAAUAGUAGUCAUGAAGGAGCAGGGAAAUUCAUGUACUAGUUCACAUCUAUUGACUUCCAAAUCAUGUUUUAUUAUAUAAAUAUGAGUGUGUGUGCAUGAUAUAUCUUGUCUUUCAGUGAAAAGAGUUUGUGUUUCUUUUUGUGUUGUCUUGAUAGGAAGACUGUGACAGUACAUGGGUUUAAAGUAUGACUUGGCUUUUCAUGUA